AUGUGUCUCCACGUAGCUGUGCUCUGCUCAGCGACCACACCCCCGGACAACCGUCUCGACCGGCGGGAUAAACCAGAUGAGGGUAUCCGUGCGUGCACCUGCACACACGGUACUGUGAUCUCCGCUGGCCGGAUGGAUCUUCGCGUCGACAUCGCCGAGACGAGGCUCUGCCUGGACCAUCGCAGGAGGCCACCAGGUAAGUUCAGCUCCAGGUUAGUGAAUUUGCUUUUUUUCUUCCCUUUGCCUGUUGCAGUUCCGCGUUGUAUGUUGCUCUUUUUGCCUGCCCUCUAUAUGUUAGUCUGUCUGCUGACAUUCAGAUGAAACCCUUGAUGCCUGCUACGACUGUCUGUCCGUCAGUGUAUGCCUCCCUCUGCUAAUAGCUAGGUGUUACCGUGUUUGAUCUUGAGGGAUGUCCUCUCACUUCUGUCUCUGACUGAUGACUUUGUCUGUUUGUCCACACUAACUGUAAGUCCCAUAGAGUUCUGUUGGUGUGCAUGCACUCUUCUACUUAAAUAUAUCACAUCACCACCAAGGUCCCAGGCUAACUCGGAUCGUUCUCUCACUAACAAAAAGUCGUGGCCAAUAGUGGAGUCCAGCAGCCGUCUGGGAUAACCGGGCAGCCAUACUUAGGGGGUGCGCUGCCUGCCCACGAGAGGGCGAAGGGGCUAAAAAAGGUGCCCUUAAAAUUGCUGGGAACCACGCAGUCUGUAGGCUGGCCGUGGCUGCAGAAAAAACACACACGGGCAAAACAGCCAAAACCGAAACAACAACAACAACAGCAACAAUCACGAUCUUGCUCUUCCAGCCUAUUCUUAUUUUCUUCUCCUGCUCCUAAUUUUCGCCGCCGCAGUCGCCAGACGGGCAGGGUGAGUCCGCUCACUCUGGCAGCCUGGAAUGCUCGUUUCCUUUUAGACUAUCCGAGGCGCAACCGGCCGGAACGGAGGACGGCGCUGGUGGCAAGAGCACUGGCGCGCUACAAGGUGGACAUCGCCGCACUCAGCGAGACCCGAUUCUCCGAAGAAGGCCAACUGGAGGAGGUGGGUGCCGGUUACACCUUCUUCUGGAGUGGUCAGCCCAGGCCAGAGAGGCGAGACGAGGGUGUCGCCUUCGCCAUCCGGAACGACAUCGUGGGACGACUGCUCAGUCUGCCGCAGGGCACCAACGAUCGCCUGAUGAGCCUCCGUCUGCCUCUCCGGGGUGGGGGCGAAUUCGCCACCAUCAUCAGCGCCUACGCUCCUCCGAUAGCUGGCCCCGGCGCCAUCAGAGACAAAUUCUAUGAGGACCUGCACGCACUCUUGGCGACUGUGUCGAAGGCGAACAAGUUGAUUGUCCUUGGCGACUUCAACGCCCGCGUCGUCACCGACCAUACAGCCUGGAGAGGAGUGCUGGGUCCCCAUGGUCUCCACUGCGCCAACGACAAUGGCCUGCUGCCCCUCCGCACCUGA